UCCUCCUGACGGUGAGCGACGCUCUAGGCUGCCUCGUGUGCUCUUCGCUGCUCCCGGCGGUCUCAGACCCGGGCUGGACUUGGGCGAAGGGACGCGGCGGCGGCAGCGGCUGCUUCCGUCAUUUCUAUCCCGCGCCGCGCCUGGACGGUGCCGCAAGUAUUGACCUCUCAGGCUUCCCCCUGCCCAAACACGCGCCGUCCUCCUAAGACCCGGCGGCCAGCUUAUCUCUUAUCCUGACGGUGCUUUCGCCGUCCUCUGGCCUCCUCCUCCUGGCGGUCUUCCCGUGGCGCCGGCGCUUGCAAGCCCAACCCGCUCCCACCCUUUCGCCGGCCAAGGACGGCAGUUCUCUCCCAGUUCCUUUGCACCCUCGUAUUUAUUGCCGUUGUUAUUCGCUUGUUACCCAUCAGAUUCUAGCAGUUUCGUCCCCUUCUUAUUUUAUACCUUGAAAAUUAUUUUCUUGUCUUUUAGUCUGCAGUCCCUCCGGGGGGGUGGCUGGGAGAGCAAUAGUGUUUCGUCGUGAUUUUCCUUUUCUGGCAAUAGUUUUGGAGAAGUAGCCUUUGAAUCCAUUGCAGUAAAAGCAAGGGAUUUUGGUGGCACUAAAGACUAAAAUUAUUUAUUCGGAUGUUGGCUUCAUUAGAUAGCCGUUACUACUAGAUUGCAGUGCUGCCACACACAUAAUUGGCAAAUCUAAUUUUGAUCAUGUGCCAGUAAGUGAACAUAAUUUAUAUGUUUUGUGAUUAGCUUUAAUUCUCUGUAGGCUUCUGUCUUCCUAGUAGUAGUAAAUGCUUUAAGAAUAAUCACAUUGUACAGAACUGCAGUGUAGCCCUUUUUGUGUGAAAGAGCUUUACUUGGUCCAAAAAGACUGUAAUUGGAAUAGUUUGCAUUGUCUUCAUUUGUCAUUUAUAGAAAAUUGGUAGAUUUGUUCAUGUGUUAUGUAGUUUUUGUAUUUUUGCCUUAGGUGUAUUACUGACCAGUGAUAGAGAUGUAGAAAGAAUAGGAAUUGAUUAGAACUGAAAUCUUUCCCAAACCUAAUAUUUUUCAACCAUUUUGAGCAUGAUGUAGUCCCUAACAUCUUGGUUUUAACCACAGUGAAUGAAAAUUAUGUUAGAACAACAAUAUAUGAAAUUAUUUGCUGCCAGAUAGAAAAAUGAAGAUGUCCUAAGUGAAAUUGCUUCAGUUUUAGAAUGUUUGGCACUCCAGGCCUGCAGAAACGAAGUGCGAUUUAUAGCCAAGCUGGAAAUAGCCAGCAAAACUGCCAAAUACGACAUGGAAGACAGGUGAACUUCCUGAGAACUGAAGUGAAAGUUGACAUAGUUUCUAUGAAACCAUAAAUGACUUCUUGGCAUCUUGAUUGCCAUGACACCCAGCACAGGAUUAUGUGAAGAAUGUGGGAAUCCUCCCCUUAAAAAACUGCUCACAGCCAUGGCUAAUUCCAGGGUUUGCCUGUUGUUUUGACACCAUGGGAACGUGCUGCAGUAGCCCAUGCCGAGACAGGGUUCCACAUAAUCACCCUACCAAGUUUAAGGUGACAAAUGUUGAUGAUGAGGGCAAGGAGCUGGGCUCAGGGAUUAUGGAAUUGACACAGAGGGAGCUUGUUUUGCACACUCAUAAACGCGAUGCUGUUCGGUGGCCAUACCUUUGCUUGCGUCGCUAUGGCUAUGAUUCCAACCUCUUCUCCUUUGAAAGUGGACGUCGCUGCCUGACUGGACAGGGAAUUUUUGCAUUCAAGUGCUCAAGAGCUGAAGAGAUAUUUAAUUUGCUGCAGGAUCUGAUGCAGUGUAAUAGUAUCAGUGUGGUGGAGGAGCCUGUUGUCAUUACAAGGAAUGCAGCUGAACUGGAACUACCCCGGACUCCCCAGACAGCCGAGA